AAGCAAGCUGUGCGCGCCUCUCUGUGCUCGCGUAGGCUCCGUGUGAUCUGUGUGUGAGCCACCGUUCCCGUAGCCUAGGAACGUGAGUCCGCCCGAACCUCAUUCAGCUGUAUGUAUACCAUCAGGACGACUUAUAUUUUAGCUUUACCCAUUUUACACCGUCCUGAAAAUCAGUGAAGCUGUACACAUCCUGCUUGUUUUGGGGUGUGUUUGGUGGGUAGUGCAGGAUGAGGCGAGUGUGGGUAGCUAGCUGGGCCAUGCUGCUGCUGUUUGCCCUGCUCUGCGACCCCGUUGCCCCAAAAGGAGGCAGGGGGGGCGCUAGAGGCUCGGCACGAGGUACCGCCCGCGGGGGGCGUGGUCGGAGUGGCGUCCGCACCUCUCCUGUGCGCGUGGCGAGUGCGGCGGCGGCGGGUGCAGCGGUUGCCCUGGCAGCAGGAGGGUGGUACGCAUCAGCGCAGAGACGCCCGGACGACAGCUCAGAGCGGGACGACCAGUACGCCAACCGGACCGACUGGGACUUCUACAGCGCCAGAACCUCAGGCUCCGCCCCCUCAGGCUGUUUCCUCACCAAAGUGUGGUCAGUGCUGCUGUCAAUCAACACGCUGGCCUACGCCCGUCUCUGAGGCACCAGAGGCUGCCAGCUAUCACACAGCUCUAUAAGCUACCUAUUGUUCAGUACCUGCGCAAUAAAAUCACUAGAGAACACAUUAGAACACAGUUUUUAUUAAAUGUUGCUGAAGCUCCGAUAAGGACGCCUAUGAGUGAAAGGCUGGUGUGAAACUGUCAAGACCGAAAUCUUUAGCUGAAAGAUAAUCUGUACCUGUCCGCUUGUAUGGGCUUGCUUAGGUAGGAGUAGGAUGUCUGGGGUGGGAAGACCAGGAUGAGCUCCAGCGGUGAGGAAUGUUAGUGUUUAACUCUGCAGCCGAGUUGGCUUGGGCUGUUGCAGGCUACAGGCAGGUCUAAUCCACUGACCAUAGCUACACUCAGACCAGCGUUACCUGUGCUCACCUUAGAGACACUCACCUGCACUCUGCUUGGACCUGUGUCAGCGCUCACCAGACGUGCACUGUUAACAUAACCCAGCUCUUCCAACUCAUGCACUCCAGAAAACGCUCACCUGAGAAUCAGGUGUUCAGGUGUUACUGAUGAUGUACCCUCCAUAUUCAUGUUAAGUGCAAUGUCUCAUA